AUGGUAUCCGUAUCGGGAAGCAAGACAAAAACAGCAGCUAGUCGCACUGCUCGACACAAAAAGAAGUACUGGCGAAAAGGAACUGACAUUGCUGAUGUAGAGAAAACUAUACAUGACAAAACAUAUGGAUCGAUAGCGGAUAAGCCUGAUCAUGAGCUUUUCACAAUUGUUCGCACUCCAUCCGCUGACGUCAAGAAGUACAAUAAACGACAACAAGCUGCUUUGGACAAGAUUUCGAGAGCUUUAAAUGAACCAGAAAAGUUACCUUUACCAUCUCCAAAAUGUCCCACUUCUAAAAACCUACCGAAACUCAAACAGCCAAUCAAACGAGUGGAGAAGGAGAAGUCCAAACCUUCUGCACCGAACUACGAUUUAUGGGAAACAGACUUUGCGCCUAAAACGAGCUUAGAAUAUGAAGAAGCUGGUGAACAUAUGCUGCGGUAUACUAAGAAAAAGCUGUCAAACAUACCACCAACUGUUCGAUUCAAACCUAGUUUGUUGGAAGCUGUAGCGAAACCAGAUGCUGGCACAUCGUACAAUCCAAAGGCAGAGGAUUACGAAAAUUACGUCAUGAAAAUUGCUAAAGACGAAACAAAACUCAUGCGAGAGGAAGAAAGAAUUGAGAAGGCUAAGAAACCGAAACACGAGAGUAUCGUAACAUACGCACAGAAGAGCUUAGAAGAAACUGAGGGUCUCGUCAUUGAUCCGCGAUAUGACGCAAAAGAAGAGCAAUAUGAUGGAGAAGGGAGUGAAGAGACCAAGGAAACAGAUGAGAAAAUCGUCAUUUCCCAUCUCAUGCGCAAAACUCGCAAGCAAAAAUUGAACGCUGCAAAGGAGAAGAGACUCCAACGUGAGUAUAAACGAAGAAAGGAGGCAGAGAAGAAACAACAUGAUGUUUUCAAGGCGAAGAGUAUAAACAAGAAACUAGCCCGAGAAGAAAAAGAAGUAGCAGAGAUUGCUAAAAAGCGGAAGAAGGAAAAGUUCCUAAAGAAGAUGACCACCCGUCAACAACUCGGAGGUGGGGAGUUUAAGGAUGAGGAAGAACCAUUCUUAUUGCAAGAAGAGCUUCCGGACAGCCUGCGGCGAUUGAAACCUCAAGGUCAUGUACUAAAUGAUCGCUUAGCGAGUUUGCAGAAGAGAAACAUGCUACCGAUUGCAGGACCGCGGAAUAAGAAUAAGUUGAAGUCAAAGUUAAAGCGCAAAUUUGUCGAGAAGCGAUUAGUUGCGGAAGUGACGAAAGGAAGUCGUGUGAUAUGA